AGCAUGAAGCCGGCCGCCGUCCUGCUAGUCGCGGCUCUCUCGGCAGUCUGCCACGGCAUCCUCCCGGAGAUCGUGGACUCCGGCAUCACUCACAUCCUGGAGGAUAAUUCCUUGCAGGAGCAAACGGAGCCGGACAGCGUGUUUGUGGAAGUGGAGCAACUCCCAGAGGAUCCGCAGCAGAAGCCUGAGGAUGCGUUUCAGCAAACUAACAACCAGAGCCCUCAUCCCAACAGCCUCCCUCCGAGUCAUCCCAACCAAACUGCUCCAGUGACUGAAUCUUUCCAGGAGACCAACAACAUCAGCACAGCCGUCCACACCAGUGAUCUGGAGAACAACAUCGAUCACAGUUGCAUCACCGGUGACGACUGUGGGAAGGGACGGUACUGCCUCUCUGACACGUCCAGAUGUCUCCCCUGUAAAGCCGUCGACGUGCCCUGCACUAAGGAUGACGAGUGCUGCGGUGAACAGCUGUGUCUUUGGGGCCAGUGCAGCCAGAACGCCACCAAAGGGGAGCCUGGCAGCACCUGUCAGCACCAGACUGACUGCAACCCAGACCUCUGCUGCGCUUUUCAUAAAACCCUGCUCUUCCCCGUCUGUUCGGCCAAACCCAUCGAGCGCGAGCGCUGCUUCGGUGCCUCCAACCACCUGAUGGAGUUGCUGUCGUGGGACAUGCAGGACGAUGGGCCCAGGAAACACUGCCCCUGUGCAGGAGAUCUCCACUGCCAGCACCUGGGGCGAGGCUCCAUGUGCCUUAAAGGAGAGGACUCGAGCGAAGAGGACCUGACAGACUCUCUGUACUCAGAGAUAGACUACAUCAUCUAGACACUCACUUUGCCCUGUGAGCAGCUAGUCAGCGAGUCUCCUCUGACUCCAGAGCCAUUAAAGAAGCGUUGCACUUUCUUUUUGCCAGCUUAAUCCAAAAAGCAUGGAAAAUGGAUGAACAUAUAUUUAUUCUGUUCGCUGUAACUGAGAUUUAUAACCCUCAAAAGUUUCUGAAAACGUAGAUAUAAAUGUGACUAACCCAAAACAAAAGCAGGAAAGUUUCUUGACUAUUUGCUGCAUUCCUAUAUUUUGUUCUAACUCUAUCUAACGCUAACCCCAGCCAUUGAACACAGCUCUAAAGAUUAAAUAUCAAUGAAUUCACCUUCCUGUCGCCCAGUUUCCAGACUUACUGCGUUUACUGUGAACUGGGAGGAAAACCAAACUCAUGCUUGGUGCACCGUGUGAGCAAUAAAAUGCAUGUUGUUGGAUUUCUCCACAGAAACAAGAAGACCGUCACAUCCAAGCACAGCAUGUUCUGUUUCUUCCUGUUCUAACAUUUAAUCGUACUGACCUCAUCUCAGAUGUUUUGUAGUAAAUCUAAUUAUAGCUGCUUAGAGCUGUUGCAUUUCUCUUCUGCACCUUUCACUUGUUAAAGCUGAGAACAUGUUCUGGCAAACUUUCCCUCCAUCGUCUGCUCUGCUGCCAAAGUCCUCACGCUGCUUUUCCUCCACACAGGUGAAAAACUUAUGACUGCACAGAGAUGUUCUUAUAUAUGCACGGCAGCUGGAAACGCUGUCCUGGUUUACUCUGCCUGUGUCAGAUUUAUUUUGUUUUUUUCCUUUUAUGUAUAUAUACGUGUAUAUCUGCACUUUAUUCAGAAUUUUAAUGCACCGCUGUUGUCGUUGAAGCAGCGUUUCAUAUUUAGCAAAGUCAGAAAGUUAUCAAGCGUACGAUCGAAGCUUGAUUUGAAGAACCUGAUGGACGACAGUUGGCUGUUCAGGUCAUCAGACGACGACUGCAAUCUGUUGUCUGAGAGCAAACUGUGGUGAUGUUUCGGUCCUCUGAGCUGAACACACAAGAAACCAGUUAACUGAACGAUCUCAUGCAAUAAUAACUGACUGUGGAUGUCAUUACUGUAUGUUUGCAAUCUUCUGUAUCUAAAUCAGUGGUUCUCAAACUGGGGGUCGGGACCCCCAUGGGGGUCCCAAGA